AUGGAGGAUGUCCAAAGCCAAGCUCUAGCGAUUCCUGCGAGAGAGAAGAAACGAGUGAGAGUGAAUGCCGCGCCCUACGCAGCAGCGCUCCAGCGAUUUGGCAACGAGAAAUCUCUCCUGCAAGGAAAGAGGCUCCACGCCUUGAUCGCCCAACGCCACCACGACCGAGACACUUACAUCGGCAAUCUCCUCGUCCAAAUGUAUGGCAAGUUCGGCAACAUGGAAGACGCGGAGCUCGCAUUCCACCGCAUCGCCAAGCCCAACAUCUUCUCCUUCAACCUCUUGAUCGCCGCGUACCUCCAAAACGAUUGCAGCGCCAGAGCUCUCGCCACUUUCGAUCGGAUGAUCUCCUCCAGCAGCGUCGCCCCGGACGCUUACACUUUCUCCAACGCGGUCACCGCCUGCUCCAAGCUGGAAAAUCUGUCCAGAGGUGAGGAACUCCACGAGAGAAUCGCCUGCUCAAACCUGGAGAACACCACUGUCAACGGGCAUAGCAGCCAGGCUCUCGCGCUGUACAGCAAGAUGUUAGAACAAGGCAUCCAAGCUGACGAUUUCACUUACUCGAGCGUUCUCAGCGCCUGCUCCAAGUGCGGUUCCUCGGAUCUCCGCAGCCAAGCUGCCGGGCUGCUCGAAAAAUCCAUGGCCUCCGCCAGUGUCGUUGUGAAAAAUGCGGCUGUCCAGUUGCUUGCCAGAUGCGAGGGCCUCUCCAGCGCGAGGAAAAAGUUCGAGGCGAUGGGGGCCGAGCGGAAUGACGUCUCCUGGAACUCGAUGAUCGCUGCGUUUGCUGAGCACGGAGGUCUGGACCAGGCGAUGGAGCUUUAUCGCGAGAUGGAGCUCGAAGGUGUCCAACCGAGUGAGGUGACCUUCAUGAGCAUCUUGCGAGCUUGCAGCCACUCUGGAGAGCUGGAGCAGGCCAUCCGGAGCUUUGGCUGCAUGCAGCACGACCAUUGCCGGCUAUUCCCUUUGCAGCAACAGUACCGCUGCGUUGUGGACGUUCUUGGACGAGCCGGAUGGCUGGACCAGGCUGAGUAUUUCAUUUGCGGCACCGAGGAGCUCGAGCGGGAUCCGGUUGCAUGGCUGACACUUCUUGGAGCCUGCAGUGUCCAUCGCGAUGUAGAUCGAGGAAUUCAAGUCGCCAACAGGGUGGUGGAGCUGGAUUCCAAGGGAGCUGCUGCUAUUCCAGCUCUUGUGUUGCUGUCCAAUAUCUUUGCUGCUGCUGGAAGAUGGGAUGACGUUGCAAGCCUGAGAAGAGUCAUUGAUCAGAAAACUGAAAGACAAGAAAGAAUCAAAAGAACUUGUUUACCUCGAGCCAAGUUCGCGUGA